CUCUGCCUCCCUUGGUCUGUUCUGGCCCUGAUGUAGGUUAGUACCUCUGUGAGUCCUGACAGCGACCCAUCCAGCACCAGCACCUCCCCACCGCCAGGCGCUCCUCCAUUCACGCAGCCAGUUCCUCGUCCCCUCCUGUUGUCUCUUCCCAUGUUACAACCCUCCCUCACCCGCACUCCAACUGCCGGCCGCCUGCCCUGCCAGCCAAAUUCACCUCCGCCUCGCGCGAUUUCCUUGCAUCGCUACCGUUCGCAACACCAUUCCUGCGUCGACUCCGAGACCAAACAGCACGCCGCAAGUGCGCGCCGCCGCCGCCGCCCCGAUUCACCUUGGGAGCCCGACACGGACUGCUACCCGAGCCCGGCGCCCCCUUCGAGCCCGCCGCCGACAGCGACCCGCCUCGCCGCGCGCAGACCGAGUCUCUCCCUCGCCGAGCUGUCGUUAACGGCGAGAUCCACGACCUGACGUAAAGUACGCUUCAGUCACGACACCUGCCACCCGGUGGAUCUCCUCCAUACCUCGACCGCGCUGCUGCGUCGCGAUUGCGCAUUUCAGGCCUCGCCGCCGUUGUAGCUGUGGCGUGACCCCCCCCUCAAUCUCAGCCCGACUUGUCACCGUUACGCCGACGGGAAUUUCCUGCGGCUCGUUCAAGCCACGGCAUCGUCUCGUCAGCCUUCAUUGCGCCCGCCAGCACCGCUUCGACACGAAUAAAUGGUCUCAAGUCGACUCAUAUCCGCUCGCUCUGCUGGUUGACCAUAUCCUAGCGUCAGCGCGGCCGCUUCCACGCGAUUGAGCUGUUGCAGGGGCCAGGAUCUAACGGUGGCUGUAAAUCAGAGCAACAUCAGUUGGGACCCGUCUCCCUUUCCACUGUUCAUCAACGCACUGGUCUCACGCCAUGCCCGUCAUGCUCCAACCAUCGCGGGCCUCGACGGCCUCCUCGUCGUCUUUCCAGCCGCUGACACGCCAGAACACCAUGUCAUCUUAUGAUGGCACCCGCUCUGCGCGUCAAUCGAAGCGGUAUUCCAUGUCCGCGCUCUACAUGUCCAUGUCGGCGAAUGAGGGCGAGAUGCAAAUUGAGGACGAUCUGGCCAAAGCCCAAAAAGUGCUUCGAGAACUUAAGUCAAAGAUAUCUUCGCAAUCCAAAAAGAAUUUUGUCCUCGAAAAGGACGUUCGGUAUCUCGACUCGCGUAUCGCGCUGUUAAUCCAGAACCGCAUGGCUCUCGAAGAGCAAAAUGAAGUCGCGAGCCACCUCGAGGAUGCCACCGAUAUGCAGGAGGGCUUCUUCCCCAACGACGACAAGACGCAAAAGUACGGCAACUUGAUGUUCUUGCUCCAGUCGGAGCCGCGACAUAUUGCCCACCUUUGCAGGCUCGUGUCGAUGGCGGAGAUCGACUCUUUGCUGCAAACCGUCAUGUUUACCAUCUACGGUAACCAGUACGAGAGCCGUGAGGAGCACCUCCUGCUCACCAUGUUCCAGUCUGUCCUGACGUUUCAAUUCGACCACACGCCUGACUACUCCUCCCUUCUCAGGGCCAACACUCCCGUGUCGAGAAUGAUGACGACAUACACUCGACGAGGCCCUGGCCAGAGCUUCCUGAAGACGGUUCUGGCUGAUAGAAUCAACAGCUUGAUUGAGCUGAAGGACCUGGACCUCGAGAUCAACCCGCUGAAAGUGUACGAGCGCAUGAUUGAGCAGAUUGAGGAGGAUACCGGCACACUGCCACCGCACCUACCCAAGGGCAUAACUGCUGAGCAAGCCGCCGAAAACCACCAGGUUCAGGCCAUCAUAGAGCCCAGGUUGACAAUGCUGACCGAAAUCGCCAAUGGCUUUCUGACGACCAUCAUAGAUGGUUUGGAGGAGGCGCCUUACGGCAUUCGCUGGAUCUGCAAGCAGAUUCGCAGCCUCACCAAGCGCAAAUACCCCGAUGCGAACGACCAGGUUAUCUGUACCCUAAUCGGCGGCUUCUUUUUCCUCCGCUUCAUCAACCCGGCCAUUGUGACGCCCAAGUCGUACAUGCUGAUUGACGGAACGCCUGCCGAGCGGCCACGCCGGACGCUCACACUCAUUGCCAAGAUGCUUCAGAAUCUCGCCAACAAGCCCUCGUACGCCAAGGAGCCGUACAUGGCGAAGCUGCAGCCAUUUAUUCAACAGAACAAAGACCGCAUCAAUAAGUUCAUGCUUGACCUGUGCGAGGUCAGCGACUUCUACGAGAGUCUCGAGAUGGACAACUAUGUCGCGCUGUCGAAGAAGGAUCUGGAGCUUGAUAUCACGCUCAACGAGAUCUACGCCAUGCACUCUUUGAUCGACAAGCACCAGCAAGAAAUGUGUCGGGACGAGAACUCCCACCUCGCCAUCAUCAUCGCCGAGCUCGGUCCGGCUCCCUCCCAGGUGCCGCGCAAAGAGAACAGGGUAAUCAACUUGCCGCUUUUCAGCAGGUGGGAAACAGCAAUCGAUGACCUGACGGCCGCGCUGGACAUCACGCAGGAGGAAGUGUUCUUUAUGGAAGCCAAAUCCAUCUUUGUGCAAAUAAUGCGCUCCAUCCCUCAGAGCAGCGCGGUUCUGCGGCGACCUCUGCGUCUCGAGCGAGUCGCAGACGCCGCAGCGACAAGCCGCAACGAUGCCGUCAUGGUUCGCAAGGGCAUACGGGCGAUGGAACUACUCUCGCAGCUUCAGGAAUUAGGCGUCAUUGACAAGAGCGACCAGUUCGACCUCCUGCGCGAUGAAGUGGAGCAGGAGCUACAGCACCUCGGCUCCCUCAAAGAGGGCGUCAUUGCCGAGACGGCCAAACUGGAGGAGGUGUACAAGACGAUCCGUGACCACAACACCUACCUGGUCGGCCAGCUGGAGACGUACAAGAGCUACUUGCACAACGUGCGCUCUCAGAGCGAGGGAACGAAACGGAAGCAGCAGAAACAGCAGGUGCUCGGCCCGUACAAGUUCACACACCAGCAACUGGAGAAGGAGGGCGUGAUCCAGAAGAGCAAUGUCCCAGAUAACAGAAGGGCAAACAUCUACUUCAACUUUACGAGCCCUCUGCCCGGCACGUUUGUGAUCUCGCUUCACUACAAGGGUCGAAACCGGGGCCUCCUGGAGCUGGACCUCAAGCUCGAUGACCUUCUUGAGAUGCAAAAGGACAACCAGGAUGAACUCGACCUUGAAUACGUCCAGUUCAACGUGCCCAAGGUGCUGGCCCUUCUCAACAAGCGAUUCGCCCGCAAGAAGGGGUGGUAAGAACGACUCGACGAUGCCACACGCACUUCACGCAUGUACCACGACUAUCUCCACGAGGCACCCCCGGCGUUAUGGACAACAUCUUGAUACCACGACACGUUUCACCUUAUCGCUUGCACCGUUGCCUCGACACAUGUUGAACACAUUGGAGGACUGCCAACUUUGUUUUGUUUCGUUCUUAAGUCGGCAAGGUGCGCCGCUACAUAGCCACCCAUCACGUAAUAGCCUUUUGUGGCAGGAGUCGGAGACUGCCUCUGGAGCAAGGACAACGGCUGGCCCGGUGUGCAAAGGGGCCGGGAUGUGUCUCAAUUCGUUUAUGCGCUGUUUUCUCUUUUUGCCCCUGCGGUCUGCGAGUGAUAAUGACUCGCGCAGGUACGUUGGACGUGGGACCCGACUCGUCGGUUGCUUGGAUGGUAGUGACGGCCAAUGACGAUGCGGUUUUGUUUUCUUUAAUGCGGUUACAUGUUUUGCUUGGGUCGGCUCAGUGUCUUGAGUAUUUGAGCAUGGAUUACGCUGUUUGACCCGUAGCACCGGGUCGAAGGGCGAGGCUGGCGCCGAUCCGCGGAUGCUGAGUGUUGAAAAACAACUAUUUGCUAGGAGUUUGCAGUUCACUGUACGAUACAAAGUCCUCGUCUGGGGUACUCUCCUAUCUACUGCUAUCCAAAUGCUG